UUGACGGGGUGACGGCAGAGCUCCGUCCGUAUUACACCGGAGACCUGUUGAUAUCGCCACAAAGCGAAUUUUAACGAAAUAUUUAGCAUUAAAAACAACGAUGCGAGCUGUUCCCACAUGGAUAGAUAAAGUACACGACCGGGAUAAGGUUGAGCAGUGCAUUUAUGACCUGGCGUUCAAACCAGAUGGCAGUCAGCUCAUAGUGGCAGCUGGAAACAGAGUGCUGGUUUACGAUACAGCUGAUGGGACCCUUAUCCAGCCACUUAAAGGCCAUAAAGACACUGUGUACUGUGUGGCUUACGCUAAGGAUGGAAAGCGUUUUGCAUCUGGCUCUGCAGACAAAAGCAUCAUUAUCUGGACCUCAAAACUGGAGGGCAUUCUCAAAUACACCCAUAAUGACUCCAUCCAGUGUGUAUCUUACAACCCUGUCACACACCAGCUUGCCUCUUGCUCCUCGGGGGACUUUGGUCUUUGGUCUCCUGAACAGAAAUCUGUUUCAAAGCAUAAAGUCAGCAGCAAGAUCACAUGUUGUGGCUGGACGAACGAUGGCCAGUACUUGGCCCUGGGGAUGAUGAGUGGGGUGGUGAGCAUAAGGAACAAGAACGGAGAGGAGAAGGUGAAGAUUGAAAGGCCGGGGGGCUCGUCCUCCCCCAUCUGGUCUAUCGUCUGGAACCCCUCAAAUGCUCAGGUAGAGCCGUCAGGGGGAGUGUGUGGAGAUGGAGCUGAAGAAACCCUCGCUGACCACAAUGUCAUCAUCGGUUCAGGUACAGGAAAGGAUGAACACCAUGAUAUCUUAGCGGUGGCUGACUGGGGACAAAGGCUGUCCUUUUACCAGCUCAGUGGUAAACAGAUAGGGAAGGACAGGCAGUUGAACUUUGACCCCUGCUGUGUGAGCUAUUUCUCCAAGGGUGAGUACAUAGUAAUAGGCGGCUCUGAUAAGCAAGCAUCCCUCUACACUAAAGACGGAGUCCGGCUCGGGACCAUUGGGGAACAGAACUCCUGGGUCUGGACCUGUCGGGUCAAACCAGACUCCAACUAUGUGGUGGUGGGUUGUCAGGAUGGCACUAUAGCUUUCUUUCAGUUGAUCUUCAGCACAGUGCAUGGCCUUUAUAAAGACCGCUACGCCUACAGAGACAGCAUGACCGAUGUCAUCGUCCAGCACCUCAUCACCGAGCAGAAAGUGCGCAUAAAGUGUCGUGAGCUGGUGAAAAAGAUCGCCAUCUACCGAAGUCGGCUCGCCAUCCAGCUGCCUGAGAAGAUCCUAAUUUAUGAACUGUAUUCAGACGACUCCUCUGACAUGCACUACCGCGUCAAGGAGAAAAUCUGCCGGCGCUUUGAGUGUAACCUGCUUGUCGUCUGCUCUCAACACAUCAUUCUCUGUCAGGAGAAGAGACUGCAGUGUUUGUCAUUUACCAGCGUGAAGGAGAAGGAAUGGAUCAUGGAGUCUCUGAUUCGCUACAUCAAAGUGAUUGGCGGCCCACCGGGGAGGGAGGGGCUUCUGGUGGGCCUGAAAAAUGGAGCAAUUCUAAAGAUUUUUGUGGACAACCCGUUUCCCAUUACACUUCUGAAGCAGAACACGUCAGUGCGCUGCCUGGACAUGAGCACCUCACGCAGCAAGCUGGCCGUGGUGGACGAGCACAACACUUGCCUGGUCUACGACAUCCACACCAAAGAGUUGCUCUUCCAGGAGCCCAACGCGAACAGUGUGGCCUGGAAUACGCAGUGUGAGGACAUGCUGUGUUUCUCUGGCAGCGGCUAUCUGAACAUCAAGGCGAGUAAUUUCCCCGUUCAUCAGCAGAAGCUGCAAGGGUUUGUGGUGGGCUACAACGGCUCCAAAAUCUUCUGCCUUCAUGUCUACUCAAUGGCUGCAGUGGAGGUGCCUCAGUCAGCUCCAAUGUAUCAGUAUCUGGAGAGGCGGAUGUUUAAAGAGGCCUAUCAGAUUGCCUGUCUGGGAGUGACUGACAGUGAUUGGAGGGAUCUGGCUACGGAGGCUUUGGAGGGACUGGACUUCGACACAGCCAAAAAGGCUUUCAUCAGGGUUCGAGACUUGCGCUAUCUUGAGCUCAUCAACAGCAUUGAGGAAAGGAAGAAGAGAGGUGAAAACAACAGUGAGCUUUUUCUAGCUGAUGUCUACGCUUACCAAGGCAAGUUCCACGAGGCUGCCAAACUCUACAAGAGAAGUGGCUACGACAACAGAGCACUCACCAUGUACACUGACCUGCGAAUGUUUGAGUACGCCAAGGACUUCCUGGCCUCGGCUGACCCAAAGGACACAAAGCUGCUGAUGAAAAAGCAGGCAGACUGGGCUAAGAACAGUAAGGAGCCCCGGGCUGCGGCUGAUAUGUAUCUGACCGCAGGAGAGAACAUGAAGGCCAUCGAGAUCAUCGGAGAGCACGGAUGGGUGGACAUGUUGAUAGAUUUGGCUCGUAAGCUGGAUAAAGCGGAGCGUGAGCCGUUGUCCAGGUGUGCCGAAUUCUUCCAGAAGUUGAAUCACCAUGGUUACGCAGCCGAGACCUACUCUAAGAUGGGUGACCUAAAAGCUUUAGUGCAGCUGCACGUACAGGCCAGGCACUGGGAUGAGGCGUUCUCUCUGGUGGAGAAGCAUCCUCAAUACAAGGAUGAUGUUUAUGUUCCGUAUGCACAGUGGCUGGCUGAAAACGACCGCUUCGAGGAAGCCCAGAAAGCUUUCCACAAGGCUGGGCGUCAGGCAGAGGCGGUAAAGGUUCUGGAGCAGCUCACUCACAACGCUGUUGUGGAAAGUAGAUUUAAUGAUGCCUCAUACUACUACUGGAUGCUCUCCAUGCAGUGUCUGGACAUAGCACGAGAUAAUGAGGAGAAGAAGGAGGAGAUGUUGAAGAAGUUCCACUGUUUUCAGCACUUGGCUGAACUGUAUCAUGUCUAUCACUCCAUCCAUCGCUACAUGGUUGAGCCCUUCAGUUCAAACAUGCCUGAGACCCUCUUCAACCUCUCAAGAUUUCUCUUCCACAACUUAACCAAAGACAUUCCACUGGGCAUCUCCAAAGUGUACACUCUAUAUGCCCUGGCUAAACAGAGUAAAGCUCUGGGGGCCUAUAAGGUUGCCCGGCAUGCCUUCGAAAAGCUCCAGGGCUUGAAGAUUCCUGCCAGAUUUCAGGAGAGCAUGGAGCUCAGCUGCCUCACCGUCCGCUCUAAACCCUACCAUGACAAUGAGGAAUUGAUUCCAAUGUGUUAUCGAUGUUCCACCAACAACCCUCUGCUGAACAAUCAGGGGAACGCCUGUGUGAACUGCAGACAGCCAUUCAUAUUCUCCGCCUCUUCCUAUGAGGUUCUUCCCUUGGUUGAGUUUUAUCUAGAGGAGGGGAUCACUGACGAGGAGGCCGUGUCUCUGAUUGACCUGGAAGUUCCCCGGGUAGACAGGAAGACCUCCCGCUGGCAGGAGAUGAGCAGCGGGGAGUCUCAGUCACUGAAGCUGGAUGAGGAUGAUGUGGAAAGACCUGAGAUGGACCCAUUUACUGCUAAACUGAGUUUCGAGCAGGGGGGUAGUGAGUUUGUUCCAGUGCUGGUCAGUCGUGCAGUGUUGAGGUCCAUGUCUAGAAGAGAUGUUCUAAUAAAGCGCUGGCCAAAGCCGCUCAGCUGGCAGUACUACCGCUCUCUACUGCCUGAUGUCAGCAUUACCAUGUGUCCAUCCUGUUUUCAGAUGUUCCACAGUGAGGACUAUGAGCUUCUGGUUCUUCAGCACAACUGCUGUCCUUACUGUCGCAGACCCUUCGACGAACCCAACUAACCAAACACCAUGGACUCAUGAAGCUGCAGCACAGACUGCGUAUUUAUAGGAUCUGUGGAUUAGACCAGGGUGAAUGUGUAUGGAGCUUUAGUAGACCUGUGUAUGGUCAGUGAGUCGGGGUGUGUGUGUGUGUAUGUGUGUGAGAUGAUAGGGUUAAGGUGGUGAUGAUUCUCAAGCCGUAAGAAAAGCGCCACCUCAGCCGAUCACUCUGAUAGGAUUAAAGGGAUCAGAAUACUCAGCUAAAGGAGAUUACAGCGUUUGAAAAGCACUGGAGCGUGCAAGAUCCUACACCAAGACUCCUUAAUACAGACCUUCUCUCUGAGUCUUAAACGCAGGCUCGGUUUUCAGAACAUGAAAGAUAAGAGCAUAAACCCUUUAUUUGGUUGUUUUAUGCAAAUAAUUAAAUAAUUAAAUCUGACACAUAUUUCAAGUUUCAAGUUUUAUAGUUUUCAAGUUUUGUAUGUGAAACAGAAUUACAUUCCAGCUAUUUAAGGUCAUAUAUAUAUGUAUGAAAUGAAUUCGUAACAAGCUUAACGGUUCUUUGAUAUCUAGUAUAUAUUUUUUUGUAAUUUAUUUAAUAAUUUUCAAUAAAAUGUUUUUCGUAUAAACACA